GUACACACUGAAAAGUUCGCAAGGAAAUACAGCUCCAUGUUUCUAAACCUUUUCUGGAAGACAACCGUUGAAAGGACAACGAUGAAAGGACUUGUUUUCAUAACCGCGAUUGUAUGCUUUUGGUUAACGUAUGGUAAGUCUAAAGCACUGCAUUGAAAUGUGACCAAAGCUAUUUUACCACAAUCGAAACUUAAAGGGAACUGGAGGGAAAUGAAGCUUGUCGUCAAAUAUCUUGACUUAAAGUCGACUUGAUUUAAUGUGCUAGAUUUGAACGUCAAAUGAUACGGGAAAUAGCAUUCAGAGCAUUCAGAGAGUUACUGCGCUCAGAUUCCUUGCUCGGCAGGGAGCAAGUAACUGAGGGAGAGAUAUGAUAUCGAGAGAUAUGUCGCGAAACCCAGAAACUCUACAUCUUAUGUGACACAAGAGGUAGGGAAACAGUCGGCUAGAACACCUUGAGCACCUGUGAACAUUCCUUUUCUAAAAUUCAUCUUUUCCUUAAGUUGUGCUAAUUUCUACAAACUGAGAGUUUAAAGCUAACAUUUUUUGUUGGUUUCUUAUCGAAAGCUGGUGGAUUCAAUUGUUAUCUGUGCAAAGGUAUGCAGUCCUCCCUCCAAGCAUGCGAUAACAAGAUCCAGAAGGCUAAUUGUUCGACGCAUGCAAAAGGCGCUGACCGCUGUGGAAUCUUCUCGUUCGUUAAUACUUCUGGCACCAGAGUUUACGGCAAGAGUUGUGUAUAUGAGAGAUUUUGCGAAAGCGCAGAGAAAUUCUGUAAAAGCGUGUCACAGGAUUUUGGAAAAGGUAUCACAGGGUGUACAAUCAGGUGUUGUAGCGAGGAAUACUGUAAUUACGAUUCUAAUACUGUCAGUGUUCCCAAGCAGUUUGCUGACGACUCUGAAGAUUGUGGUUGGGUUGAUGGAAGUGUGUCGCAAGGGGUCAGUGGCUUUCUUCACGGAGCAUGCGCACUCUACGCCAUGGCAAUGGUCAAAUAAGUAUCAUUAGCGACUGGGAUAGACUACGAGCAGUCCCACCUUUACGGCGAGUCCGUCGCGCUAGUCUAAAAACAUCAGCGAAAAAAAAUUAACGUUAGUGCGCCACGGAGAGCUCUGGGCACGCUAACAUCAUCUUUUUCCCUCGCUGUUUUUUUUUCGGACUUGUGCGACGGACUUCGUCGAUAAGGAGGAACUGGUCGUAGUCUACGACUGGGAGGAAACCUUAGAAACAUUUUCGUUUGCCGUGACUUACAGAUUUUGUGAUUGAACUGUUAUUUAAUAAGAAAUUGGCGUUUGAUUGGAAGAGAGAAGUGUUACCAAUAUAUAUUAAUUUCUUUCGCUGAAAAUGAUGACGAUUGGAAACUUUUAAAAGGAGUCAGUAGGUUUAUAUUAGCUGAUUAGUUUCUCUAAACUUCUGUACUAACAAUAUCCCAUGCUUCUGUUCUGUUACGAUGGUCCUUGCGAUAUAUGCGAGGUAUCUGUUUGCUAAUUUACGCUUUCUUGA